ACUUGACACAUAGUACCGCAUACAAUACAAACAAUUCAUAUUUUAAGUUGUCCCCAAUUUAAAUUAAAGGAACAAAAACAUUCACAUAAGUCUCUAAGUAUUUUUAAAGAAAUACUUUAAUUACUUUAAGUAACAAAUAAAUACGUUCAUAAUAUGUCUGGACCGCUACAAGACGUGGUAGAAGAAGACGCAGCGGAUUUACAAUUUCCAAAAGAAUUCGAAAAUGCAGAAACUUUAUUAAUAUCCGAAGUCGAUAUGUUACUAGAGCAUAGAAAAGCACAAAACGAAUCCGCGGAGGAGGAACAAGAAUUUUCUGAAGUUUUUAUGAAAACACUGACCUAUACAAACAUGUUUAAAAAGUUUAAAAACAAAGAGACCAUAACAGCAGUAAGAAACUUAUUACAAUCUAAAAAAUUACAUAAGUUUGAAGUAGCCAGUUUAGCAAAUUUAUGUCCCGAAACACCCGAAGAAGCUAAAGCUCUUAUCCCAUCACUUGAAGGGAGGUUUGAAGACGAGGAACUCAGAAUAUUGUUAGAUGACAUACAAACAAAACGAAGUAUCCAAUACUAAACAUGUUUAAAAAAUAUAUCUAUAAUUAAUACCCA